GGAGCAAAGGGAGAAGCCGGACCACAAGGUCGUCCCGGUCCAGAGGUGAAUGAGAUUUGCAUGUUGUGAUUGUUGGUGUCGUGUUUGUAUUUGAGUGUGUGUUAGAUGAGUGAAGAUGUGUUGAAACGCUAUUUUUCUCCAGUCAAGGGACUGGCAGAGAGGAUGAAACAACUGGAGGAUUGGAAAGAAGAGUGGACAAAGAGUAGACUGAAUGAGAGUAGAGUGACUGUUGCAGCACAUCUAGUAGGAUCGUCAAGCCGUUAUUAUACUAUAUCAGGUGUGAUAACCUACUGGCAAACAAGCAGUCCAUCAUUCUUACUGGGUGCCAUCACAUACAGCAAUGGAGCUCUUACAAUUCCAUCUGAUGGUGUUUACUAUAUUUAUACACAACUCCACUUAGAUGCCAGUAGUGGCUAUCACAUUCUACCUUACAUCAGAGUAAAUGGCAAUCUUGUUUUGUACAUUGUAAGCUACCAUCAUCAUAGUCAAAACAAAACCAAGCACGCUGGUCUACUUCAGCAGCUGAAAAAAGGUGAUAGCGUUGACAUAUAUGGUGGAGGAUAUCAACACUACAUGGGCUCUACUUAUUCAGUUUUUGGUAUUUAUAAGAUCGACUAGAAGCAUGUUGUUGAGAAUGAGAAUGUCAAUUAAUUAAGUGAUAAGUGUGAGUGUCAAAUGACUCUCCAUGUGAUCAUGUUUAAUAGUAAUUGUAGUUGUGACUGUGUAUGUUGGACUGUAGUGUGACCAUUCAACCCUAAUUUUUGUUUGUUUCAUUUCUGUUUAGUUCCAUUUCUAUAUUAGCAAUAAAUGUUCAUUGA